UAAAAUUAUAAACUCAAAAUGACUGGUCGUGGUAAAGGUGGUAAAGGUUUGGGAAAAGGUGGUGCUAAGCGUCAUCGCAAAGUUCUUCGUGAUAACAUCCAAGGUAUCACGAAACCAGCUAUUAGACGUUUGGCUCGCCGUGGUGGAGUUAAACGUAUUUCUGGUUUGAUUUACGAAGAAACUCGUGGUGUAUUGAAGGUAUUUCUGGAAAAUGUGAUCCGUGAUGCAGUUACAUAUACAGAACAUGCCAAAAGGAAGACUGUUACAGCCAUGGAUGUUGUAUAUGCUUUGAAGAGACAAGGUCGCACCCUCUACGGUUUCGGAGGUUAAAUAAAUAAUAUUAGUUUAAAAAUGCAAUACUAUUAACACUAUAUUGCCCAAUGGUCCUUUUCAGGACCC